UUGUUUAAUAUAACGCUACCACAUUCCCAUCAGCACAGGAACCAAUUGGACUAAAUGGCCCGAAGCCUUUUCGGGGGCUGAAAGCAAAGCUUUUUCUUCGUUCGCUUUGCCGUGACGUCUUUAUGCUGCGCCGGUGCUGCCGCUUCCAAGAUGGUGGCCGGAAAGGUCUGGCGACCCGGAAGGAUUAUUUUGGGAGGUUGAGGAAAAUGGCGUGGACCUGCUGUUCUCGCGUCUGGGUUAGACAAGAGUUAUGGAACAGUGGGAAUCGGGCACAUAGGUCUACCUUGUAUACACAACAAAGAAAUGGUUUCAGAAGACCAGCACAGAAGAGCAACUUCCAAAGGCCUAACUCAGGAACCAGUACCAAGCCACAGAGAAGAGGUUUGUCUCCUCCAGUAGAGGAUGCAGUCUUUUCAACACCUCCUCGUUCAGUGAAGAAGCUUGUGAAGCCAUUCUUCUUCACAGUUGGGUUUUCAGGCUGUGCUUUCGGGUCAGCUGCUAUUUGGCAAUAUGAAUCUCUCAAAGCAAGAUUCCAGAAGUAUUUUGAAAAAACUCGAUCAAAGUGGAUGGAUAGGAUGAAAAUACGCUCAGGGCUGAACAUCAGAAGGGAGAUUCACCUGUGGUGGAAAACACUGAGUGAAGGGCAGCGUGCUGUCUCAGGCAUUAUAGCAGCAAAUGUCUUAGUAUUCUGCUUAUGGCGGGUACCUGCUAUGCAGCGGACAAUGGUAACAUAUUUUACAUCAAAUCCAGCUUCUCGAGUUUUGUGCUUUCCCAUGGUGCUGUCUACCUUUAGUCAUUUCUCAUUUCUGCACAUGGCAGCCAACAUGUAUGUUCUGUGGAGCUUCUCAACCAGUAUAGUUUCUCUUCUGGGACCUGAGCAGUUCAUGGCAGUAUACUUCUCUGCUGGCGUUAUUUCCACAUUCGCAAGUUAUGUCUGCAAAGUAGCCACAGGAAGAUUUGGACCAUCACUUGGAGCUUCAGGUGCUAUAAUGACUGUCCUUGCAGCAGUAUGUACAAAGGUGCCAGAAGCCAAGCUAGCCAUAAUAUUUCUUCCAAUGUUCACAUUUACUGCUGGAAAUGCUUUAAAAGCUAUUAUUGCAAUGGACAGUGCAGGACUUGUUUUGGGAUGGAAGUUUUUUGACCAUGCUGCGCACCUUGGGGGAGCUCUGUUUGGCAUGUGGUAUGUAACAUUUGGGAAUGAACUUAUUUGGAAGAACAGAGAACCACUGGUGAAGGCUUGGCAUAAAAUUCGAACUCGGAGUUCAAAGAAGUGAGUCAUGGAUGUUGAAUUUUAGAAGAUGCUUGUACAGUCAUGGCGUGCUACCCCAAGAUCUGAAAAUGGGCUAGUUACUGUGUUGUCACACACAGUAUUGGGUACUGGGAUCUUCAGUAUCUAAUUUGGCAACCCACACUUAAAAAUAAUUGCAUUUUCUGAUAGUGUGGCAGAACUGAAACAAUAAAGAUUUAUCUUAUUGCUUUAUGAAAUUAGUCUAUUAUCAUGUUCUGGACUGUUUUUGUUUAAUUUUACUUUUAAUCAAAAGAUAAAGCAGUUGUAAUUAAUAAGUAUAUUAGUCCCAAACCUGCAGAACAAUUGUAACGUUACAGAACAUGGCAACUCAUUAUUGCAAAUGGGUAUAUUGAAUUAUGCCUUAGCAUACAGUGCUAAGGAUUUUUAAAAAUACAUCUACUUUGAUAUGAUAGAAUUUUAGUUCAGAUAACUUCUGUUGUUAUCUUUGACCUCAUCUUACAGUGAAAUUCUAAGCAGAGUUACUCCAGAAUAAGCCCAUUGAAAUCAAUGGGUUUAGUCUGGAGUAACUCUGUUCAGGAUUUUGCAAGCUGUGUGUUUGACUUGAGUAGAGAUCUGUGUACUGCAGCCCAUAGCCACACAUUUAUACAGACCUAAUGAUGGCUGAGAGAAUCAAAGAAUGUCAGUGUUGAGCUGCAGCCUGCAUUACAAUGUAUGUGAUGAUGGCAUGUAGCUUUAAUGGCAAACUAAACAUGUAAUGGGUAUUUUUCACUUUUUAAAAAACAAAAGCAGCCUUGGAUAGAAAAGUGGAGAGGAAGGGGUUAAGAAAUAUUUUCAUCCUGAGGAGGCUGCUUUUUUAAAAAAAAGAUUGUGGCAAAGGGAGGUAUUUUUUACUCAUUAUGUUUUGUUUGGCUUAGUGGGAUUAUACAUCAGGAGUUAGGACAAUGAUAGGUUAUAACAGAAUUGAAAACAGACUGAAAACAGUCUGAUGGUGAUCAGUUUUGAUCCCACAAGAUAGUUAUGUACAGUGUGUAAAAUAUUGAAUGGGAUCUACUUGAAGCAUUCCCAAAGGUUUCUGCAUCCUCAGUAGUAGGAUUUGAGUCCAGUGGCACCUUAGAGACCAACAGAAUUUUCAGGGUAGAAGCUUUUGAGAGUCAAAGUGCUCCCGUCUUCUUUUCCCUUUUGAAGAUGGGAACUUUGACUCUCAAAGGCUUAUGCCCUGAAAAUCUUGUUCAUCUUUAAGGCGCCACUGGCCUCAAAUCCUGCUGUUCUGCAGACUAACACGGCUACCUACUUGCAUUCUCAAUAGCAUGUUUUACUUUCUGUGAACAACGGGGACACAAAUGACUUUUGAAAGGACUCUCAUUUUUUCAAAGUUGUUUUCAGUGUGACAGGGAGGGUUGCUGUUUAACAAACAGAAAUUCCAGAGCCGACUUGCAUAUGGAACUGUUCUUCGGCUUUUGGCCAUUGUUGGUAAAACAUUGCAAUAUACUGCAACAGAAGGUAAAUAUAAACAGAUCCUUCAAUCACUAGAAAAAUAAAUAAAGAGAUUUAUAAUUUA